GUCUCUCCCUCGCUGAUGUCCUGGUGGACCCCCAGACCCAGGGGGUUCUGGGUCGCCCGGUCACCCUGCCGUGUCGCUUUGUGGGCACGGGUCAGGUGAUCCAGGUGACCUGGCUGAAGCUGACCGAGCUGGGGCCCCAGAUGGUGGCAGCCCGCAGCCUGGACCACGGCACCAGCACCCACCCCUUCUACGGGACACGGGCCCACUUCCUGGCGCCCAGCUCCGACCCUGACGCCUCCCUGGUCAUCCGGGAAGUGGCGCUGACCGACGGCGGGACCUUCCGAUGCGCCAUCGUCACCUUCCCGGCCGGGAACUUCGAGAAGGACACCAGGCUGACCGUCUUGGUGCCCCCUCAGGCCUCUGUCCUGCCUGGGCCCCGGGCCCUGUUGGAGGGUGACCGGAACGCCUUGGCAGCCACCUGCACAGCGAGCGGGGGUCGGCCACCGGCCACGGUGCGCUGGGAGAGCGAGGUGGCCGGAACCCAGGAGGAAGUGGUCACCAACAAUGCCAACGGCACGGUCACCCUCAGCAGCAGCUUCUACCUGGACUCGGUGAGGGCGAUGCAGGGUCACCGGCUCUCCUGCCUGGUCAACCACUCCACCUUCAGCAGGCCCACCCGCCUGGAGCACACCCUCAACAUCUACUAUGUUCCAGAAGUUACUGUCAGUAAAUCCUCGGAAAAUUGGCAGGUGGGAAUGGACAAUGCAGAACUCACCUGUCAGGAGAAUGGAAAUCCUCCGGCUAGUGUUUUUAGGUGGAGAAGAUUGGAUGGCCCAUUACCCAAUAACAGUGUCACCGAGGGGAACAAGCUCCUGUUUCGGAGCUCUCUGUCGGCAGAAGAUUCUGGGACUUAUGUUUGUGAAGCCAAGAAUACGAUUGGCAGCAGGACUGGGCAGACUGACAUUAAAAUAAUUGAUGCGGACGUGCCGAGUGUGAAUAUGUUGUCCAUGGCAUUCGUGGCCAUUGGUGCUGUCGGAUUGCUGCUGUUGCUCAUCCUCGUGGUCUCCAUUAUCGCUGUCAACCGUUACCACAAGAACAAGACCGAGCAGAUGGCCUUCAAGUUGGAAGAGAUCUCGACGAUGUCUCGCCAACCCUCCAUCCGCCGGUGUAACUCCAUGUCAGCCUCCGUCGACGCCAGGUUCCAGGAUGGAGGAGGCAGCCGGGAGAAUGUACUGGAGCAGGAGCCCAUGCUACAGGAGGCCCUGGGGCAGCAGACGCAGCCGCUGAGGAACAGCACACGGGAUCUCCGGCCUGUCAGUGGGGAGGGAACCCUCCCGCCCUCCGUCUUCGGGAACCACCGCUACAGUCUGCGCUCGACGACCAGUGAGAUGACCCAGCCUCCUCCGGCCUACCAGUUCGGGGCCUUCCGUCACAGCCUGAACAGCAGCCUGAGGCCCAGCGGCAGAGACAGGACAGUAGGCCCAGGCUCACGGACUCUACCUCCACCACUACCCCUGAGCAACCACAGGGACAGCACCGGUGAAAUGGCGGGGACUCCAGAACAGAUGGAGAUAUUGAGCGGUAGGACCCUGACCCCCUCUCCGUCAGUGCCAGACUCUCAGACGGAGGAUGAGGAUGAGGUGAUAGACAGGCAGCAGUCUAUCCAAGCGGCGAUGGGUCAUUUCUACUCUCACAACGGGACUCUGCGAGCCAAACCCACGGGAAAUGGAAUCUACAUCGCCAGGAGGGAACACUGCGUCUGAACUCACUGGGGACGUCCCGUCGGAAACAGGAGCCAAGCACACCCUCUCACACGUAGCGUGUUACUGUACCUGUACAGGAAAUGACACUGAGACACACAAACACAAACACACACACACACUCACACAGACUGUACAGUACCAGACAGGAGUGAGUCACUCCCUUUUACACACUGUCUGUGCCUGUACCUGUACAGGAGCUGACACAGACAGACAGAGACAGACUGUACAGUACCAGACAGGAGUGAGUCACUCCCUUUUACACACUGUCUGUGACUGUACCUGUACAGGAGCUGACACAGACAGACAGAGACAGACUGUACCCCCUUGUAUGUGUUGUCUCUUGGUGAUAUCAUCUGGGUGUAAAGCCUGUCUGUCACAGGCUGUUGCUGUACACCCAGCUCUCGCUGUAGCCACCGCUUCCUCAUCUCCUGUGUGGACCAAUCAGAUUCCUCGGGCUGGCUGACAGAUAUUCCCGUCCGGUCAGCGUUGGGAAGGUUGACGUCUUUGAUCCUUGCAUCCGUCUCCAUGGUAACUCCGAACACCGUCUCUGCAAGCUCCGGAGCCAAUGUCCACUUCGUCAGUGACACUGCCAAUUCCCUGCCCUGCUAUAGCAACUGGCUCAUCCCUCGCCGAGCCCAGCACGGGCUUACUGAAGGCUUCCUCCAUGCCUGAGGGAAUUUUGGACACAAUGGACCCAAACCUUCCCUACCUGGGUCAUCAUCCAUCUCUGUAACCCCCUCCAGCCCCUACACCCCCUCCCUAUCUCUGUAACCCCCUCCAGCCCCUACACCCCCUCCCUAUCUCUGUAACCCCCUCCAGCCCCUACACCCCCUCCCUAUCUCUGUAUCCCCCUCCAGCCCCUACACCCCCUCCCUAUCUCUGUAACCCCCCUCCAGCCCCUACACCCCCUCCCUAUCUCUGUAACCCCCUCCAGCCCCUACACCCCUCCCUAUCUCGGUAACCCCCUCCAGCCCCUACACCCCCUCCCUAUCUCUGUAACCUCCUCCAGCCCCUACACCCCCUCCCUAUCUCUGUAACCCCCCUCCAGCCCCUACACCCCCUCCCUAUCUCUGUAACCCCCUCCAGCCCCUACACCCCCUCCCUAUCUCUGUCACCUCCUCCAGCCCCUACACCCCCUCCCUAUCUCUGUAACCCCCUCCAGCCCCUACACCCCCUCCCUAUCUCUGUAACCCCCUCCAGCCCCUACACCCCCUCCCUAUCUCUGUAACCCCCUCCAGCCCCUACACCCCCUCCCUAUCUCUGUAACCCCCUCCAGCCCCUACACCCCUCUUGAGAAGAUUUGGCUAAGUGGACGGCGCUAUGUAAAUGUAAUUGCCGUGUUUUAUCCUGUUGUUUAGGUUUGAGCUGAUGCGUUUGAGUUGAGUUGUUCGGGUUUGUAAAAAGCUGUAAAUGUCUGUGUACAUAUGUAAAUAUUCUGUAAAAUU